GUAAUCUUAAUUUCGGCACUGGUAUGCGGCUGCUUAGGGCCUAGCCGGACAAAGCCAGGACCCUCUGGAGUAUUCUCAAAGGGCAUGGCUGCCUCAUGCUUACUUCUCGCCAUCAUCCUGAUAUUUUGUGUGUUCUCGUUCAUCACGCUAGUUGGACUGUUUUACUUGAUAAUCGGUUUGAUAACUUACACGAGCGCUUGUGCUCCAUUAAAAGAUGGGCAAAACAUCUUGCGCCAUGUUGACCCCGUGAUCGAUCUCAAUCGUUACAUGUCGGGGAGAUCGGGAGAAACGCAACCAACGCUGCCAGUGUCGGAUGCAAUCAGGGCAUGCAAUGCAAAUGAGUCCAUCUUUGAUCUGCUGAGAGCGAAGAAGAUUUACGAUAUAGACAACUUGUUAAAUAAGGAAAUAUUCGUCGAAGAUUUUGAAGAUCCACCAGUGUUCACUGGGGACUUAACCACGCUGAAACUGAUCCUGGAAGAAGAGAAAGUACACCUCAAUAAAAUGCGUGCAGGCAAUUUGUCCGAAUACCACAGCAUCUUAUACAGCGAGCAUCUUUGCACAAAAUUUACCCAUACGGAUUACUCCAUACUAAAGACCAAAACGAGAUUAUUUGCUUAUGAAAUAAACACAAGAUAUCUUAAAGGGUUUCCAGCCUGCCUUGCCUACUUCUUGGCUAGCUCAGAUCUAGCUAAGUACGACGAAUAUUUAGUGGUCCCAUUGACGAAUGCCGUGAACAAAGCAUUGCAAAAAGUAAAUGAAAUUGAUAGCCUUAUUCUAUACGACAACAAUAACUUUGGCAACUCCAUUGGAGUACUGAUGGACGCGGUGCAAAGAUCCGAGGACUUUAUUAGAUAUAAAGGCAGCAAUUACAUCAACAAUCUGGCCCACAACCUUUCGAUUUCAGUCAACCUUCAGCUUCAAGAAUAUAUCGAAAGAGUGAUCUCGGAAGUGAACAAAAACGUUGGACAUUGUAAGCCCCUCGCGUACAUUUACAGUCAAAGCGCUUACUUAAUUUGUGAACGCCUAGUGGAUCCAAUAAACGCAUUUGCUAUGGCCACCCUUCUUUGCUGCAUGUUUCUCCUGCCCGUAUUGCCGGUAGCCCAUCGUCUGAUGUGCAUGUACCUCAAAAUCUAUCCCUCUCCGAUAGUCACUCAACUAGCAGCAGCUGCAGCAGCAGCAGAAGCUGCAGAAGGAGCAAGAUGUCCAGUAUGCACAGGGCCGCCGGUCUGGCUAGGGCCGACGACAAGUUGGCCACAAGAUCAUCGGGGCACGUCUGGACUCCCAGCUUCAGAGGAGUUGAACACCAGUGAGGGAUCCGUAACGAACAGCAAACGUAAGAAAGAGUAGGUGAACAAAAUGAGAGAUCGGUUUAAAUGAGUUUCAUGUUGUGGUGUUUGAAUAUAAAAUGUCUUUAAAGAAUAUUUUUUAAGAAGUGACUCAGACACUUGCUGCCAGACUA